UUAUAAGAAACACAGCCCAUUUCUACCAGCCACAAGCGGGAGUCGACGGAGUGACGCUGGGACAAACGAGUACGACCGAGUGACCGACGGAUUAUAAGAAACACAACCCCAUCUCUUUCGCCGCCGGCCCGCCAAUCUCCAUCUGCCCAUCCCGCCACCGCUCCCCGCCUCCAGGAGUUUUUACAGGAGUCACGGACUCACGGCCCUCAGCGGCGACUGGGUCCCUCAGCGGCUCUGCGUCUCAGCCCCUCUGUGGACCGCGGCUCGCCAGUUCUGUCUCUCACAGCCUUGGUAUUUUCCAGUCACCUCGGCUAAGUUUCAUCCUUUGCCCAAUAUUGCUCAAAAGUUCAUAUUGUCGGACUUCAGAGGUUAUUUCUAAUGCUCUUUUUCUGUCCGCGUGCACUAUGCUCAACGAAUUUUCUGAAAGAAUCUCUCCAUAGGCUGCUAUCCACAAUAACGUCUAUCAACAUUACUCAUACCACUGGGACACACUUCAUAAACGAAAAAUGGAGUAACGAUUACAUUAGCUCACUGUGCAAACGGAAGCAAUUUAAAGGAGCUCUCGAGGCAUUCCAGCUCUUGAAAAGGACCACAGAUCACUAUCUAUACCCGAGCACCUACACUAACUUGUUAUCCGCCUGCUCAUCCUUACGGUCGUUAGAAUCUGCACGAGAACUACACAACCAUGUCUUGAUGUCUGGAUAUGAGCCUGACACGAUCUUUCAAAAUCAUGUUCUUAACAUGUUUGGAAAGUGUGGUUCUAUGAAGGACGCUAGAAAGGUAUUUGAUCAAAUGCUGGAGCGAAAUGUGGUUUCUUGGACUUCAAUCAUUGCUGGGUACUCCCAAAAUCACCAGGAAAUGGAAGCAAUAAGAUUGUAUUUUCAAAUGCGAGAGUCUGGAGUCAUGCCUGACCCAUUCACUUUUGGGGCGUUACUAAAAGCUUGUUGUAGUUUGGGUAAGCUAGAGCUAGCACAGCAGUUACACUGCCAGGUCAUCAAGUCCAAACACGGGUCCCAUCUCAUCCCUCAAAAUGCACUGGUUGCAAUGUAUUCAAAGUUCUGUAAGAUUUGUGAGGCAGGGAAUGUGUUUUCUCAUAUGAAGUCAAAGGACUUGAUCUCAUGGAGUUCAAUCAUCGCCGGGUUUUCACAACAUGGUUAUGAGUUCGAAGCUCUGUAUCAUUUUAAGGAAAUGUUUGGUUUGGGAAUUUACCAACUGAAUGAAUUUAUUUUUGGCAGUAUUUUCAGUGCAUGCAGUGGUAUUAUGCAGCCUGAAUAUGGAAAACAAGCACAUGGUAUUUGUAUAAAGUUUGGGCUUGAGAAAGAUACUUAUGCCGGUUGUUCUCUUGCUGAUAUGUAUGCUAGAUGUGGCCUAUUACAAUCUGCAGAAACUGCAUUCUACCAUAUAGACAGACCUGAUUUAGUCUCCUGGAAUGCAAUCAUUAAUGGUUUUUCUUCUAACGGAGAUUCUAAUAAAGCAUUGAUUUUAUUUUCGCAGAUGAGGCAUGUGGAGUUGGCUCCAGAUGAUCUCACUAUGCGUUCUCUUCUGUGUUCCUUUAACUGUCCCUUCACAUGGUUUCAAGGAAAACAGGUACACUGCUUUAUAAUCAAGAUGGGGUUUGAUUCAAACAUUCCAGUGUGUAACACGCUGAUUUCAAUGUAUUCAAAUUGUUCAGAUCUUCCAAGUGCUUGUAGGGCAUUCAAUGAAAUUCAGCACAAUGCUGACCUGGUUUCAUGGAAUGCCAUUCUCACGGUUCAUAUACAACACAAUGAGGUGGCAGAAGUUUUCUCUCUGUUUAAGAUAAUGCUCCAUAAAUCUCCUGAUAAUAAGCCCGACCAUAUCACUUUAAUCAAUGUAAUCGGGGCUUGUGGGAAGGUAUCAUCAUUAGAAAUGGGAGACCAAAUACAUCUCUAUGCUUUGAGAACCGGGCUUAGCCGUGAUGCCGCGAUUGGGAAUGGGUUAAUCGACAUGUACGUGAAAUGUGGAUCAUUAGGAAAUGCCAGAAAGCUCUUUGAUGGUUUGGAGAGCGCUGAUGUGUUCUCGUGGAGUAGUUUGAUUGUGGGGUGUGCUCAGUUCGGGCUUUGCGAAGAAGCUCUAAAGCUUUUCAGGGAAAUGAGGGAUUUAGGGGUCAAACCAAGUCCGGUUACUUUCGUUGGCGUUCUAACAGCUUGUAGUCAUGUUGGACUGGUAAAGGAGGGUUGGGCGUUGUUCCAACAAAUGGAGACCGAGUAUGGAAUUGUACCCACAAGAGAACACUGCUCUUGUGUGGUUGACAUGUUUUCCCGAGCUGGAUGCAUAAAUGAAGCGGAAGCUUUUAUAAACCAAACACCGUUCGAAUCUGACGUUGUAAUGUGGAAAACAUUGUUGGCAGCAUGUAGAACUCGCAAUAAUCUUGAUGUUGGAAAAAGGGCCGCUGAGAAUGUUUUGAAGAUUGAUCCCUCAAACUCUGCAGCACAUGUGUUGCUCUGCAACAUAUAUGCUUCUGCUGGGAAUUGGAAGGACUUCGCGAUGGUCAAAGGUUUGAUGAGACAGGAUGGCAUAAAGAAAUCUCCUGGCCGGAGUUGGAUUGAGGGCAAAGAUGGGAUUCAUGUGUUUUUGGCUCAAGAUGGUCAGCAUCCAGAAAGAGAGAAGAUAUAUGCAAUGCUUAAUGAGCUUUGCUUGCAAAUGGUAGAUUUUGGGGGCGAUGCUCCAGUUCAUGUAUGAGAUUCCAUAGGAACUUAAACUUAGCUAUGGGAGCAAGAUAUUUUGAUUACAGGUAUUUCUGUGUGAUAAAACAAAUCGAAAACAUACAUUUUUUUGUAUCCGCAUGACUAAGGUUUGGAAGCAUAGUACUUUUUGAAGUUAUUAAAAAAUGAUUCAUUAGGAAGUAAAUAUAAUUGUAUGAUUACUUUAAAAAUUAAGAGAUUGAAUUAUGUAGCUCUUCACUUAUUCUUUUUGUUCAUAUUAGAAUAGAAUGAAUAUAUUGAUUAAUGUAUUGAGAAAAGGAAAACGUAAUAACUUGUUAUCUUGACUAAGAAAAAUGUAAUAACUUGUACAUGAAUAUAUAUCUUGCAAAUUUUUACUUUGUUUUAUUUUGACAAAAAUUAAAACAUAAAAGUAAAAUUUCAAGUAAUGAAAAUUAAAUUACAGCAAGCUAAGUAAUAAAAAUAAGUGGAUGCAGAGUUGAUCAAGGAAAAAUAAGUGGAUGCAGUAUUAUAUUUUCAUUGAUCUGUAGGUAGUAGGUACAAUUUUAAAUAUAAAAAAUAAAUUAUUUCUGUGUACAGAUAUAAAAUAUCAAUAGAUGUUACUUUGGUCACUUUUUCAGUUAAAUCAAACGGGCUUUUUUACCCCGUUAUUCUGUUAAAUCCCAUUGCUCCAGUUUUGGUUGCCGUUUUUGUAAGAGCCAAAGACUUUCUUUGCCGCUGCGUAUGGCGUUUUUAGCUGCUAAACCAGAGUUUCCUCCGUCAUAUCUUUUAUCCUCAAAAUUCCAUCUAUAGACAUGUGUGGCAGGUUGUUCUUUAGUUACUAGGUUUCAUGUAUAAACAUACAGUUCUGGGAAAAUAUCAUGGGAUCGGUUUGUUUUGGCGGCUGUGAAGGCUUCCAUCAAGCAGCCAGGAGCUUUUCCCAGGUUGAAGAUAUGGUUAUUUGAACACAUUUAUGUGCAAAGCCAUACAGUAUUUUAUGCGUUUAUAUAUUUUUAACAUCUCCAGCUCAAAGAAGGAUUAUUCGACUCGUCGACUUCUCAUGAGGCUAUUGAAGGUUUAUAUCUACUCUUUCAAUCUUCUCUUUGUAGAUUCCUUAAACAAGAGUGAUUAUUUCUUCUAUUGCAUCUAAUAAACAUGCCUGCGUGUUUAUGCCUGCGUGUUUGCAGUGUUUGAAGUUAAACCAGAAUAUAUAGUACUAUUUUUCUAACUUUUCUUUCAACUUUUUGAUGAAUGUGAUGGUUUUUUGUUGCUGCAAGUAUAUGAUUGUAAGGUUUAGCAUUGAUUCUUGUAUUUCAUCUGAUACUGUUGGAUUUUUUGAGUGAAUUGGAUGAAAAUUAGUGUUUUGGGGAGGCAAAUACACUUUCUUUUUUUUCAUUUGUCCCAAAAUUAUGAAAAUUGUUUCUAAUUAAAACUCUGAUAAGUUUCUAACUACUCCCUCCGUCCCAUUAUGAUUGUCCCAUUUUACCAUUUCGGUUCGUUCCACUAAGAUUGUCACAUACCUUAUUUGGUAAAGUUUGUGUGCUUCUAAAUCAUUCCUACUUUAUUCUUACUUUAUCAAUUCAAUACCAACCACAUAAACCCACUUUUAUUAAUUACCGUGUCACCUUCUCUUGUCCCAAACUUAGGGGACGGAGGUAGUAUUUAAUUUCCCCCUUCUCUAUUUUUUUAUUUGUCAUAUCACUCUUUACUUUUUGCAAUGAAGCCAAAGAUUCAUUAUUUUUUGGCUUGAGAAUAUGAUAGAAUAAAGCAAAACGGCUCACUAAACUGUCUGCGCUUCUUUGUUAUGAAGGAUCAGUCAGUCCAUGCAAUUUUGGACGCGAUUUUCACUAUGGGUCAUCCGGAAACAGUCUCUCUGUGCUUUAGUACAGGGGUAAGACUGCGUACAUCCGACCCCCCUUACCCCACCGUAGGUGAGAGCCUUUGCGGCACUGGGUAAAUGAAAAUGAAACUCUUUACUUUUUGUGGACACAUAUUCCAUUUUCUCUCUUUAGUACGUUAUACUGGUAAAAAGACGACUACCUCAUUCAUUUUUAUAAAACUCAUGCCAAACCCAAAUAAUCGGAGUAAAAAGCAGAAGGCGUAAUGGUGGGCGUGUAGUGCUAAACGAGUUCAAGCAGCCAAAUUAGGAGAAAAUUGAACCUUCUUGCAUUAUCUCUUAAGUUACUUUUUGUAGCUGAAGGUUAGUAUCAUUUAGCUGAUGCUAAACCUUGGACUGCUUUGAUCAUGCCAUUUACUGUUAAGUUAAUCUAUGUGUUGAAGUUUGUGUAUCAUAGUAUAAUGUUACAUAUGGUACGGCACAAUAUUGUUCAUAUUGCUUUGCUAAUCAACUACUCUUAGAUUGACACUCCCCUCCAAAAUUUGUAAGAAAAGAAGACACUCCCAUUCUUUGGCAUACAUUUUCUUCAAGCAUUGUUUUCUCCAAACAAUUCCAUCAUUUUCAAUAGAGCCAAAGAUUCGUUAUUUUUUGGUUUGAGAAUAUGAUGGAAUAAAGCAAAAUGGCUCACCAAACUGUCUGUUUUUCUUUGUUGUGAAGCAACAGUUAGUCCAUGCAAUUUCGGACGCGAUUUUCAUUAUGGGUCAUCCGGAAACAGUCUCUGUACAGGGGUAAGACUGCAUACAUCCGACCCCCCUUACCCCACUGUAGGUGGGAGCCUUUGCAGCACUGGGGGUAAAUGAUGAUUGAUUGAUUGAUAUAUAUUGUUUUCUCCAAACAAGCUGAUCAUGAAGUGUUAAAGCAUGAAGUGCUAAAGUUACUGUUGCAUUGCUGUGAGCAGGAGAAAGUAACUGUAAAUUGGUGAUUUUGAACAUUGUGUCGUGUAUGGGAACUUGAUGCCGGCAGUCCAUUAAUUUACAGGCCGAAUUUGUGUUCUAUCCUAUGGUUUUCUAAAACAAACAUGUUGCUUGUUUUGUAUUCGUAUAUAUUACUUUCCAUUGAAGAACUCUAGAACUCUAUUUAUUGUUGGGAGUUCUAGUCUUCUAGACAUCAGUGUUGUGACUUUUUUUUUAUCAAUCAAUUGCUUAAUGUAGGUACAUUUAAGAUACUUCUCUUUUUUGCUCCAUCCUACCUUUCCUUUGAGCCUGUUUAGGCAAAAUUUAUGCAAUUCAG